AUGGAUAAAUUCACAUUGAAUAUCCACUUUUCCAAUCGAAAGAAGAGUAAACAAGUACCGUUCUCUUCUGUUUUCUCUUUUGUUUCCCUCACCACCAUAAGUUUGUUCCUCACACAAGUUUCAGCUUCUGAUUGUGUCCUUGAUAUUUAUCACCCUUCAUCUUGGAACACCUCAGAUUUUGUAGCGGGAAAUUGGGGUGGUUUUGUCAAUAAUAGUAAUUGUGGGUCAGUUUUUGAUGACUACCUAUAUGCAUUGGCACAAAGGGCAAAUCAUGCUCAAAAAAUUUUCCUGAACUCCACAGAGCAGAAAAACUGCCUGCUUGUGAUGAACAAUACAGUUGGUAAGGAUGUCUCUGGCUGUGGCUUUGAAAAGCUAACGAGUGGAGGUGGCGGCUGCUCGGAUUUUUCAACCAGGGAUGUUUAUGAUAAUCUAGGGAAUACACUAAAUAUGCUUGAUGAGGAUUGCAAACUUUUUGGCUCACCCGGGGUAUCGGGUGCUAAAGCUUGCAGUGCGUGUCUAAGAAGGUGGGAAGAGAUUGUUGCAUCGGCGGACAAUGUCAGCGAAAUCGAAAAAACCAAAACCAUGUACAAGUCAUUAAACUCCUCAGUUUACUGGACAACAUCAGAUAACUCGUGUUCAACGAUUGAAGAAACGAGCUGCCUCAGGAUCUCAAUUAAGGAAGUUUAUUUAGCAACAAACAAUCUUGAUCUGUCCAACUUCAUUGGACAAGGUGUAGCAGGGAAGGUAUAUAAAGGCACACUGUCAAAUGGCCACCAUGUUGCAGUCAAGCACAUAAUAAAGGAUAGGCAUGUGGAUACCUUCAUCAGAGAGGUGAGAAGUCUUUCCCAUAUCAGACAUCCGAACCUAGUUUCUUUGCUCGGCUAUUGCGAGGCCGUCGAUGAAUGUUUCCUGGUCUAUGAGCUAUGCCACAAUGGGAACCUUUCAGAAUGGUUGUUUGGUAAAGAUAAAACUCUUUUGUGGGUCCAAAGACUUCAGAUUGCAAUUGACAGUGCCAAAGGUCUCUUGUUUUUACACACUUAUCCAGAAGGCUGCAUUGUUCACCGUGAUAUCAAGCCGACAAAUAUACUCAUAGAUGCUAAAUUUCAAGCCAAGCUUUCAGACUUUGGAUUGUCUAAAGUUAUGGACUUGGAUCAAUCCUAUGUAAGCUCAGAAGUAAGAGGAACAUUGGGUUAUGUCGAUCCUGAAUACCGAAGAAGUCACCAUGUAAAUCCUUCAGGAGAUGUCUAUAGUUUUGGUAUAGUACUAUUACAACUUCUGUCAGGGCAGCGAGCGAUCAAUUUGGAUUUAAGCAGAGCAAUUCCUCUCACUAAAAUGGCCAGAUCUCUUUCAAAUGGUGGUACUAUAGAAGAAUUCGCAGACGCUAAACUCGAGAGAGAAUACUCCUCGGAAGCUUUUGACCUUGUAUUCAAGCUGGCGUUAUCGUGCACCGGACUCAAGCAGCAAAGGCCAUCCAUGAAGCAAGUGGUUUCAAGACUAGAAAAGGCGUUUGAUAUUUCAACACAAUUCAAUUCAGUUACCUGA